CUUCCACGACCACGACAAGCGUCAUGACGGCCAUCGCCCCCUCGAUCGAACGGCUUCGCGACUCGCUGCAGGUCGACUCCUCCGACGUCAACCUUGUCAAGGCCGUCGGAGGCGCCACCAGCCCCGUCACGUCAUGCAGCUCGUCGAGCAGCGAUCGUCGACACAUGUGUGUGUGCGACGUGUGUUUCGACGACGUCGCCCAAGACGACAUGAUUCACAAGAUUUGUGGACCUACUUGCCCUGCCAUGUUGUGCAGCACAUGCACGCGCUCGUACGUCAAAAUGCAAGCCAAAGAUGCCGUCCCUGGUGUGCUCGCCAAGUUGAACUGUCCAGUCUGCAUCGUCCCAGUCAACAUCAUGCGUUGGCGCCGUCGCCUCAGCUCGCUCAGCUUCAUGAACGAUGACUCCGUGGAUGCAUUUUGCGCCAAGGUCGAGCGAUCGUGUGAAGUCAGGUGUCCCGGGUGUGACACGAACCGCUCGCAGCUACCAAAGAGCGCACGCAACGUGCCAAAAUUGAAAUUGCUGCCGUCCCAGGCGGUCCACAUUCCUCGUCUGCGCGACCUUUGCUUUGAGUUCUGCCUCCAUCGUGUCGCGGCUGCCGACGUGGUGGUGUUUGCACAAUCCACGUUCGGAGCCGACAUCGGGCUGUCCAUCGUCGAGACUAUGCUUCCACUCUUUCACGACCCCGAGCGCCGCGCAUCCAUGUACCUCCGCCUGCGUCGGCAGAAUCCGUUCAUUUAUACAAUGUGCUGCAAGGCUCCCGUGUGCUUCUUUUGCCAUGUGGCUGGGCAUCACAACGGCAUUGCAUGUGGCGGUGUGUCUCCCGACCUGCUCGACAGCAUUGUCGAAUGUGAAGAUUGUGGGCUGCAAUUGGUCAAGGGCGAUGGGUGUGACAGCGUGCAGUGCUACUGCGGUGUGAACUUUCAAUGGAGCGUCGAGGUCUUGAAGACUCCAAUGCGGUCCAUGAUGCGCAGCCUGCAACCAUUCCGGCGAAAACUUCGGUACCACAUCAGUCGUUGGGUCCAACGUCUUCGGAAGAAUCGUGCGCUGGAAGAGAUCAAGUGCCGCUAUUUGAGGAUAGAGGCCAAGGAGUUCUGGAAAUUGUAUCGAGAAACUCAUCCAGAUGAGGUGCAGGAUGUCGACGACGAACUGUCGUUGAUGAUGUCGAUGGACUUUGAAGGUUGUUAAAUGCAAUCAGAUGUGACCACGAAUGCACGCCACCGCCGAACUUUGACUAGCCAAGAGCAACUUGACAUCAUUCGUCUCCAUGCGUCCUUCACAGGUCAGGAAGAGGAAGCGCCACGAGCACGGACCGACGCUUUGACGUAGCGGAAUCGUUUCGAGUUUGUUGACAUCGACUAAAUUUCCACUCGUUGAUUCAAGCAACGACGCCAUUGGUCGAUUCAAGGAUACGACGUGAUGAUUGGCUAAGAUAUCAAUAACAUGCGGUCGAAUCCAGGCAUGGAGGGAUGCCGAUGAAGCCAUCACAACAAUCACCCGACAAGCC